GCACUAGAUGUGCGAGUAAGAGUGGAAAUUGAAAUUCACAUGUAUUAAAAUGUGACCUACUCGAACAAUACCUUCUCUUUAAUUCCGUCCAAAAAGCCUGUGAUAUUUUUUUUAUGUAAAUAUAUAUAUAACGAUGAGUCGAGGUGUGAGAGAUCUAAGGGACCUGAUAUGUGUGUCUAGACUGACAGUGCGUGAUAGUGAUGAAGAAAUAUUUUCCGAUGAUGAAGUUGUAAUAAAAGACUUAGAUACACUAUCAGUCAGCAGUGCAAGUUCUGUGGACAGUUCCAAACGUCUACCCUCCGUAGAACGUCACGUGUCUCCUGACUCUGGGUGUGUCACUAACACAUGCAGUAGCACCCCACCGGAAACAGCUGUAGAGACUGACGUAAUACCUAAGAAAACAAAACCUAAAAAGAGAAAGAAGAGAGACAAGAAACCUGUACUUAAUAUUGUUCCUGGAACCUAUGAACUCCCAAGAGCUGAGGUAUUACCACCAGUGGCCUCCACUUCUUUUGGGUCAAUUAUUUCCGAAAAUCAGGAUGUCGAUGAAGUGUCUUCACCAGUUGUUGAUAAAAGAGUCCGGGCUAACACCACAAACUUUGAUGACAUGAUGUGCUAUAUUGAUGCCACUGUUGUAUCAAGUUGGUUGUCUAGAGCUAAUGAUAACGUUCAGAAAUUGUGUGAAUUUUGUCAAAAUUCAGAGAAGUUUGUACAGUUUGCCCAUUUCUGGCUAUCUGACUUUCCUGAUCAACAGAAAAAUGAAAUCUUUGAAUUAGAAUAUGAAAUUAUUGUAGAGGAGGCUAACUUUGCUUUUACUGUUGGGAAAGAGCAGAGGAAGAUCACAAAUCGUGACAUCCUCGGCCUUAUUACAGCAGUGUUUAGGGAGUACCCUGGAAUACUUCUUAGUAGCAAGGGACCCUAUUUAUUUCUAGAUUACUUGGAUGUUUUGUCAUCAGAAAAACAAACAAGCUACAAGCGAUUGUUGUCUGAUGUUAAGUGUUCAACUCGUAACAAACAAUAUGCUCAAUGGAUUUUAGCCAUGCGAUCCUUUACACUUUUGAGUGUGUGGACUGCUAUUGUGAAUUUUUAUCGCAAUUUGAAACGAGACGUUUCACCAACUCAAGACCACUCACUCCUCUCUUCAUCCUCCAAGGAAUCCGUUCAUCAUCAGAGAGUGGUACAGGCAAUCCGACUGGGAUUGGUGGACGUCUUACAUUAUUAUAUUACCACAGCUCUUGUAAAUCCGCAUUACAAGGACAGCCACAAUAGGACAUACAUUUUUACAGCAGUGAUGUACAAUCAACCCAGUAUUCUGCAUUACUUAAUAAACAGGGUGAAGCCUCCAAUUGAUGUAAAUUGUGCAGCUGAUACUGGUAAUACUCCACUCCAUGCCGCAGCCAACAAUGGCAAUGUAGACCUAGUCACCAUUCUACUUCAGAAUCCGAGAAUUGAUAUCAACUACAAAAACCCGCAGUGUGAAGAAGCCACACCCCUCCAUCUGGCAAUUAUGCUAGGAAAUCGUGAAGUGGUAGAAAAGCUGUUGAAAAUGGGAGCAAAUGCAAAGUUAACGAUGGGAGAUCUGACUGCUGAGGACAUUGCAAGAGACUUUGGUCAUGCAGAACUGUUGCCUUUGUUAAAAUCUUGAAAAAAAGAGUCCUUUUCAUUUAAAAUACACUGUAUUAAGGAAAUAUUACUGCGAGUCUCUUCUUACAUUAUUGAAUCUUAAAAAUGUACUUAUAAGUUUUUAACCUUGUAUAAUUGUUUUAACAAGAUCAGAAAACUGGUCAAGGAAGGAUUUGGGGUAUCUGUUAUUUAGAUACAAAACUGCAGGAAGCUAAAUCCGUAAAACUUGUGCCAUGAAUGAUAUCAAUCUGUGUGAUAUUUAUUAUGCACUAUCAUCUGUGUGAAAGCGUGACACUUUUAUAUUCAUGAUAAAUAAAUAAUUUGGUUAUUCAAAUUCUUUUUUUUCCC